AUGGAAGAAGUUAAAACGUGGCUAGAAGAUCACCAACUUGGGGAUCUUGUCCACUUAUUCGAACACAAGACUGUGUUUCCUUUGUUUUUAUAUUUUGAUGAUGUUGAACCCGACAAUCAAACAGGUUCUCAUUCUAGAGUUCACAGCCUCGGUGCUGUCUAUUACGAAGUAGCAUGUCUUCCUCAACACUUGCUUUCAUCUCUUGAAAAUAUUUUUGUAGCGGCGUUUUUCUUAAGCGAUGAUAGGCACCUGAACAAUGGUAAAGCUUUUGCCGACAUCUUGAAUGAUUUAAAAGAUCUUGAAACUAAUGGAAUUACCAUCCAGACUGAAGCUGGAGACCAGCGUAUUCAUUUUGCGUUAUGUCUUCUCCUUGCGGACAACUUGGGUUUUCACUCUAUUACUGGACUCGUCGAGUCAUUCUCAGCAAAUUUUUUUUGUCGUUUUUGUAAGCAGCAUAGGCUGAUAACACAAAGUCAGAAAAGGGAAGAUCCUCAAAUUUUGCGUAACAUACAGAAUUAUGAAAUGGAUGUACUGAACAAUGACUGUUCCCUCACAGGAGUGAAAUCCAAUUGCAUUUGGAAUGUUCUUUCAUCUUUUCAUAUUACCAUAAAUCAAUAUUUGGAUUUCAUGCAUGAUUUUUUAGAAGGUGUUUGCCAUUAUGACUUGUGUGCCAUAUUAGAUCAAAUUAUAUCCUUUGAUGGAUUCCUAUCGAUUGAUACUCUAAAUGAACGUGUACAAUAUUUUGAUUACGGCCCUGAUUCAGGAAAUAAACCAUCCAUGAUCACCAUGAAUGACAUUAAAAAAGACAAGAUGAAAAUGAAUGCUUCAGAAAUGUUUUUCUUCUGUCGGAAUCUUGGAUUGAUGGUGGGUCAUUUAGUUCCUGAAGGUGAUGAUUCAUGGAAAUUGUACGUAGCUCUUAAUGAAAUUUUAAGUAUCAUUUCUGCUCCAGUUGUUCAUCAGAACUCUACAGAUUACCUUGUCACCUUAAUUGCUGAACACCAUGAGCUUUACUUAAAAGUAUGUGGAACCACAUUGAAGCCAAAACAUCACUUCAUGCUUCAUUAUCCCAGGAUAAGGAACUUGAUCGGUCCCUUGAUUAAUGUCUGGUGUAUGAGAUUAGAUAGAAAACACCGCCCGAUUAUUAAGCUGUCGUCAAAAAACACAACUUGCCGAAAGAAUUUGCCUUUGACUAUUGCAAAAAAGUACGCUUUAACACUUUGUGCACGGCUGUUCUCCCAGACAGGUUUCCCUAAAGACUUCCAAAGUGUUUCCAAAGAAUGCAGAAUACUUGACUGUGAAGAUUACUUAAACUUCCGAUUCCUUUUACCUGAUGGUCAUGAGAAUUUGAUGGUAUUCAAAAAAGCAACUUUCCUUGACAUCUCUUACAAGUCUGGCAUGGCCUUAGCAUACAAUUAUUAUGAGGAGAAUCUGCCCCUAUUCGGUAUUUUACGCUGGAUUGUAGAACCAGAAGAUAACAUUGGCCUUCGUUUCAUAUUGUCUGUUCUUCAUACCGUAGGAUUUAGUGAUCAUCUCCAAUGUUAUGAAGUUAAACCAACUGAAGUGUGGUUUAUUCAAAGACAUGAUAGUUUAGUGUCGUUCUACCCCAGUUUUCCGCGUACAGGAGCUGAUGGUACUAGCUAUAUUACUUUUAAGCAUUGUCUGUAA